AUGGAGGGUUACAUACGUUUAACAGCCGGUGUUUUAGGAAACGCCACAUCCAUGCUCUUAUAUAUGGUUCCCAUUAUCACUUUUAGAAGAGUGUUGAGGAAAAAAUCAACAGAAGACUUCUCAGGCGUGCCAUAUAUCCUAACACUGCUCAACUAUGUGUUCUACACUUUGUAUGGGACGCCAUUGAUAAGCGUUGGGACAGAGAACAUACUUGUGUCUACAGUUAAUGGAGUUGGAAUCAUUCUGGAGUGCUCUUAUAUCUUUAUCUAUCUGCUAUUUGCUCCACCUAAGACCAAGAGAACUACAGGAAUAGUGGUUAUGUCGGCGCUGCUUUUAUUUGGAACAAUACUAGUAGUUUCUGUGUUUGGGUUCCAUUCUCACAAGAGAAAGAAGAUGGUAGUGGGUAUUGCAGCAAUAGCAUCCACUAUUCUUAUGUAUGGAUCACCUCUUUCUGUCAUGAGACUUGUAAUUCGAACAAAGAGCGUGGAAUUCAUGCCAUUCUAUUUAUCAUUAUUCUGUUUUCUAACCAGCAGUUUCUGGUUAAUCUAUGGUGCUUUAGGCCACGACCUGUAUAUCAUGUCUCCCAACUUUUUGGGUGUGCCGUUGAGUGUAGUGCAACUGGUGUUAUACUGUGUAUACAAAAGUGUGCCGUUGAGUGUAGUGCAACUGUUCUAUCUUUCUGUAUUCUUUCUUAUAAGUUUAGUUACUGAAGAAUGA